UCGUGUCGGAGAGUUUCUUCUCUUGGCAGAAGUUCUGACGUAUUUUUUAUUUAUCUUUUUUCCUUCCACUUUUCCAGAACCGGGGGCGCUUGGCGGAGAAGAGAACGAUACCCUUGCCUCCCUCUCGGACUCCGAAAAAGGAACCCCCUGCUCUCUUCUCACACAGCGACAACCACAAGGAGGUGGAAAAAAUCAACGGGCAUCACCCUCAUGUCAAACAGGAGGAGGACUUGCAUAUUAGUAUCAUGAAAAGAAGCCAAAACGGUGACCUCACUUCUUUCCUCUCCAACCUUCACCAGAGCCGGCAGUUCGGCAUGCCCGAGACGCAGAAUCGCUGCGAGUUCAAAAGAAGCAGCCUCGAGGUGGGCUUGGGAGCAGCAGAUGAAGUUUUAGGCAAAAGGAAAAUCUGUCUGCCUGGUAGCAACGGAGACUGUCUUUUGGAGAGCAAGAAAUCUCGAAGCGAAUCCCCAAAAGAAAACUCCCACACGCCCCUGUUGGAGGGCCCGGUGACGCAGAUGACUCCGGAGGAAGAUUACCGGCGGCUGAUGUCCGCACUCAAUGAACACAGCACUUUCGAGGAGCAGCAACAGCAACAACAGCGUCUCUACCAGUUGGCCGGCGGGAUCUCCGUCCCGAGUCACAGCGAUAUCCUCCGAGCGCGUCAAGAGGUCGCCUCGCGAAACCCCGGCGGCCUAGAGCCUCACCUUCCCUCGGCCAGCAACUCGUCCAGCCAGCGCAGAAAGCAGGGGCUUCCUCAGCACCGGGAUUCACACUUCAGUGAGAGGGAGAUGUCCCACCCGCCACCUCUCCUGUCGCCCCAGAAUGCUCCCCACAUUGCUUUGGGGCCUCACUUGCGACCGCCUUUUCUGGGGGUGCCCUCCGCUUUGUGCCAGACGCCAGGUUACGGUUUCCUCCAGCCGGCCCAAGCGGAGAUCUUUGCCCGCCAGCAAGAGAUGCUCAGGAAACAAAAUCUUGCCAGGCUGGAGAUGUCAGCGGAAAUUAUCCGGCAGAAAGAACUGGAGAACCUUCACCGCCAGAGGCUCCUGGCGACCGACCCCAUGAGUUUGCACCCGGGGCUUCCCCCAGACCAUCCCGCUUUGCGGAGUCUCCACGACAUCCCGGAAGGACACCCGCUUCGGGACGAGCUCUCCCGGAGGAACGCCAUGCUAGUCCUCCGGCAUAACAAUGCCCCGCUGCUAUCACUCAACCCCCAAGGGGUCCCCGCCGUCUCCACCACCCCUCCCAAGGAGCAGGGCACGCGGAGGGGCAGCCGGAAGGCCGCGCACUCUCGCUCCGAGGCGCUGGGCCAGAGCGAAUCCAAAGACUUGUUGGAUAGCCGUCCACCGGACAGCAACAACGAGGAAAUGAAGGACUCGGAUAGCGACGGCGAAGCAAACGACGAGAAACCGGACGCUCUAAAGCCCGAGAACAGCGGUGGGGCUGCUGGCGAGAUUAAGGAGUGCAAAGAGGUGGCAAAGAUUGGCGAGGGCACCAAAGAACUGGGCGAGGUACCAGCUGGGCAGAACCCACCCUGUAGUUCCGCCAAUGCCGAGUUGCCUAGCUAUCUCCUGGGUCCGACCAUCGGCAAAUCGGAGGCCAAGCUACUCCCCAUGGCUUCCCUCCCGCCACCCCAGCCGUUGCCGUUCGGUUUCCCGUAUACGAUGAAUCCGUAUUUCCAUGCAGGCACGAUGGGAGGUCUCUUUCUGGAUGGGGAAGAGAGCCCAGCCACCGCCGCGUUGCAGGACGUCAGCAAAUGGAGCGUAGAUGACGUUUGCAGUUUUGUGAGCUGCCUCUCCGGUUGCGCUGAGUACAGUCAGGUCUUCCGGGAACAGGCCAUUGACGGCGAGACGCUACCACUCUUGACGGAAGAGCAUUUACUCAACCACAUGGGCUUAAAACUAGGUCCUGCGUUGAAAAUAAGGUCACAGGUAGCCAAGAGAGUGGGCCGGGUGUUGUAUAUGGCCAGCUUUCCGGUGGCUUUCCCACUGCAGCCGCCCGGCCUGCGACCCGCCGAUUGCAACCUUCCUCCCGCCGAGCUUCGCCCACCCUCCACCGGCAGCGUGGCCUCGUCCCCUUACGGAGGGCCGCUUCUCCCCAGCCGGGUUUCCCCCAAGCAGGAAAACGGGACCUCUCUCUUGGCGGCUCUGGGCGAUGCCCCCAAGCUCCCUUCGUAACCUCUGGAUUCUCCGCCGUCGGACAUCCCACUGAAGAAGGAAGCUCCCCCCACCCCCACCCCAAGAGGCCGCGUGGAAAUCUGCUAAAAAUAUUCAAAUUGGGGGGGGGAGGAAAUAAACACUCGGCGUAAUGGAGUGGGCGGGUUGGAUUAGGGCGGGUGGGGGGAAGUGCUCCAAAGAAACAUUGGAAGGAAGACACAGUUGGAGAAGGAAGCACCGUUCGGCUCUGCAAACCGGCCACGGAUGGGGGUUCAGAGGAGCAAGGAAACCCCCUCCUCUUCCUUUUUUGCAGAGGGGGGGGGGGGCGGGAAAAAAACCCCACAUCCCUGGCGUUUCUGUUUUUGGAAGGGGGAGGUCUAUGCAUCGCUAAGCAGCUUUUGAAUUAAUACCAAAGACAAGACAAAGUGAUCCAGUGUCCAAACUCCACUCCAUGUUUCUUCUUCUUUUUUUUUUUUUGAUUUGGAUGGUACGGCACAGCCCAGUCCUGCGUGGGCUGUCUUCUUCCUUUUUCUUUUUUUGGGGGGGAUUUUCUGUGUCUUAUCUUUCGAUGUCCAUCAGUUGGUUGGUUGGUUUGCCCGCUCGCUCGCGUAGUUUCCAUCCUGGCCUUCUUUCAGACUCCCCAUCUUUUCCGAGGUCGGUAAAAAACGAGGACCCGGAUUGUUUUGAGGGCAAUGCCCUGCCGACUCUGAAAACGGCUUAAAGGGGGUCGUAAAAGCACCGUGAAGCGGCAUAUAAGUCUUAAGUGCUGUUUCUAUUGCCGCUUAGCAGCGGGUUACCUUUCUGGGAACCGUUGGGAAGGAGACAGAAAGAAAGCAGGAAGGAUAUUGUGCUUGGGGGGGGAAUGGGGGUACCCUAUUGCUCCCGUUCUGGAAGUCUGUCUUUUGUGUGUGCAUGUGUGUGUUAUGAGCGGCCCUUGGUGCUCCCCGAGCUUGUUUUUCUUGGCAGACGUCUCGUGACCCGGUGAGGUAACGUCAUCCAGUGCGGUGAGAGAGGUGAUGAUCGGUGCCAGGGGUGAAAUGUAAAAUUUGUUACUACCGGUUCUGGGGGCGUGGCUUGGUGGUGGUGGUGGGUAAUGUGACUGGGUGGGCGUGGCCAACUUUUUUUUUUUUUUAAACUUUUCAAAGCAUUUUUUUUCUAAUGCUUUGAAAAGCCUCUCUGCCGAUCCGGCAUCUCAGCUGGGAUCGUCAGAGACGCUUUUUAAAAAAUGCUUUGAAAAGCCUCUCUGCCGAUCCGGCAACUCAGCUGGAAUCGUCAGAGACUUUUCAAAGCAUUUUUUUUUAACCACCUCUUCCGCCAAGAGGUUGCAGAAAAAAAAUGCUUUGAAAAACCUCUGACGAUCCCAGCUGAGCCACGCGGGAUCAUCAGAGGCUUUUUUUUUUUUUUUUUUACUUUUCAAAGCAUUUUUUCAUCGGACGAGAUUGUUGAAAAAAUGCUUUUAAAAGUUAAAAAAAAAGCCUCUGAUGAUCGGGUGGCUCAGCUGGGCAUGGGUGGGGGGCGCAGGGAUUUUUGCUACCGGUUCUCCAAACCACCCACCGCCUUCGCUACCGGGUCGGUCCGAACCGGGAACAUUUCACCCCUGAUCGGUGCACUGAUGAUGAUACACCUAGCUGGGUGAUGAAACUCUUGCAAGAAAACCCCCAAGCUCGGAGAGCAUCAAGGACCCCACAGUUCCACCCUGAGCUAUAAAUAUUCUCCUCUGUGUGUGUGUGUGUGUGUGUGUGCAUAUAAUACAGAGGUAUGUUCCAUUUUAAUUGGCUUUUGUGCCCAACGAAUGCAUUGGUUUUUUUUUUUUUUUUUUUAAAGGCAGGGCAACCAGGGUGAGGCUAUGAAAUUGCACAUUUUUCCUGCCAUCCACACCCAGGCCUCCCUUGCCAGCUUUCAACCGUGUGUGUUUGUCCAGUUUGGGGGUGAGUGGGGAAAGAAUGCAGGGGCCAAACUUUUAAGACACCCCUGUGUCUUGUGUUUUUUUUUCUCUCUUUUCUCUCUCUCUUCCCCCCCGGGGGGGCAUUUUCAACAGCAACCCCACACCUAACCCGAGAUAGCUCAGUUUGGUACCUUAGCUGCUUGUUCAAAGUUACCCAUCACUACUUUUAAGGCUUUUUCCAGCAGUUGGAAUGACAAUAAAAACAAAAAAAGAGUU